GCCAUCAAGCAGCAGCAACAGGACCGGAGGAGCUCCUCGCUCGCUGCGCUAGCUAGCUAUAGUAGCCAAUCGACAGAGGACGUCUCUUGACUCUUGUACUGCUACCAAGGUAGCUAGUUAGUAGCUACACAGCAUGGGUGGCGACGGGGACGCCCCGAGCCGGCUGGAGAGCAUCCUGACGGACACGUCGGCCCCGCUGGGGGAGCGCGCGUGGGCGGUGGGGUCGGUCGAGCUCCGGCUGCUUGUGCGGCUGGCGGCGCCGGCGGUGGUGGUGUACAUGAUCAACUACGUCAUGUCCAUGUCCACGCAUAUCUUCUCCGACCACCUCGGGAACCUGGAGCUCGCCGCCGCCUCGCUCCGCAACACCGCACUACCGGAAAAGAGUCCUACCACGACGGCCAAAACAAUGCCGACGGCCGCCGUCGGCCUAUUUUGAGCUAUGGCGACAGCCUCGUCCUGGCCGUUGGCCUAUCCUGGCCGUCGAGCUACCCCGAUCUAGGCCGAUGGCACCCGUCGGCACCAAAUGGCCGUCGGCCUAGCUGAGAACACGCCGACAGCUGCCGUCGGCAUAAAAUAGCCUUCGGCAUACCCGUGGGCCCGGCGAUCCCGUCCGUGACUAGCGGCUAACGUCGUCAAAUCUACGCCGACGGAGGGGACGAGCAGCCGUCGGCAUAUCUCCGCAUGCCACGUCACUGAUCCGCGGCGCACCGUCCAGCACGUAUGCCGACGGCGGCCGUCGGCAUACCCGCCACAUCAGCGAUCCGCGGCACGCCGCCCGCCUAAACCCUGCCAUCUCUAUGCCGAUGGCAAUGUUGUCGGCAUAGUUAAUUUUAUGCUUUUUUAUGUAUUAUUAUACUAAUAGAAAUGUAGCGUAUGCUUUUUUAUGUAUUAUUAUAUGAAUAUAUAUGUAGUUUUGGAAAAAAAUCAUUGAUUAUGAAUAUAUAUAUAUAUAUAGUAUGUAUUUCUUUUCGAGCA